AUGCCUACUUCGCAAGCUCUAUUUAUUACACCUCGUCAUGUCUACGCUGGAACUGUAUCCAAUAAAACAGAUAAAUCAGUCAUAUGUACAAUUUAUUAUUCGUCGAAUUCAAAGAAUAAACACGACGAAUCAAUAUCUGUAACACUUGAUUCCGGUGGUCGAGCGUUUAUACCUGAACGAGAAUAUCAACCAACACCUGAAGCUACAUUUACUUGCCGUAAAAUUGUUUCUCGAAUUGAUGUUCAAGGUAAUGAACAAACAUUAACAUUAGAACAACCGUUUGAUGGUGUUACGUGUCCAAUGACUGAAUGGAGAUUCGACAUACACGGCGAUCAUAUUGCUUCAAUUAAUCCACAUGCUCAAACAUCAGCAGCAGCUAUUUGA